AUGUCAAGCUCCUCAAAUGAUGAAGUAUAUGAGGUAUUUGAAGAAAUGGUCGACGAACAAAUUGAUGAUUUCAUGGACUCCGUUAUUGCCAACAACCCGAAGAGACGAGGGUAUAUCGAAAGAGAUCGGGAACAAGGACACAAUCAACUAUGGCACGACUAUUUUAGCGAAAAUCCAACAUACCCACCGGAAAUGUUUAGGCGGCGUUUUCGAAUGAACAAACCUUUGUUCCUUCGCAUUGUCGAACGCCUAAAUAAUGAAGUUCCAUACUUUCAGCAACGAAGAAAUGGUCACGGAAGGUGCGGCCUAUCUGCACUUCAAAAAUGCACUUCAGCAAUACGAAUGUUGGCAUAUGGUAAAGCCGGAGAUGCGAAUGACGAAUAUCUCCGACUUGCGGCAAGUACUGCACUUUUAUGUUUGGAAAAUUUCACGGAUGCGAUAAUACUAUUGUUUGGAGGUGAGUAUCUAAGAAGACCUACACCAGAAGAUCUUCAAAGACUACUUGACGCUGGAGAGGCACGCGGGUUUCCGGGUAUGAUAGGCAGCAUCGAUUGUAUGCAUUGGGAGUGGAAAAACUGCCCAACGGCUUGGAAAGGUCGAGCCCCUAAAGUUAAGUUCAAGGUCAACAACCACACUUAUCGUAUGGCCUACUAUCUUACCGACGGAAUUUAUCCUAAUUGGGCAACAUUUAUCCAAUCCAUCAAACUCCCUCAAGGUCCAAAAGCAGAGUUAUUUGCUGAACGUCAAGAAUCCACCAGAAAAGAUGUCGAACGGGCUUUUGGAGUAUUGCAAUCGAGGUUUGCAAUUGUUAAAAACCCAGCUCUACUAUGGGACAAGGAGAAGAUAGGAAAGAUAAUGAGAACUUGUGUCAUAUUGCACAAUAUGAUAGUGGAGGACGAGCGACACGGAUACAUUCAAAUUGAUACAUCUGAGUUCGAGUCUGGAGAGUCUAGUCGAAGUUCGAAAGUGAAAAGUAGAGAAAGUGUCAAUGUCCCUAUGCUUACCAUUCGCAAUCAAAUUCGAGAUCCACAUUUACAUGAGCGUUUGAAAGCUGAUUUAGUUGAAAAUGUUUGGAAAAAAUAUGGUAAUCAUGAUGAAUAA